AUGUGCAGUAAAAAUGUCACAUACAUUACAAAGAUUGGAAACUUAAAGUGUUGGAUUGAACACUGCUCUCCAAAAUUCUGCAAUAGCACCCCAGAAAAUAACAAAAAUAAGGGUUGUCUUAACUCAAUAAAUGUCUACAUGCAUUAGGUUUAUUAAUGUCUUAUUACAAUUAGAUCAAUGAUCAGACUUACUUCGCGUAAGCUCAAUUGGUAGAGCAUGGCGCUUGUAACGCCAGGGUAGUGGGUUCGAUCCCCGGGACCACCCAUACGUAAAAAUGUAUGCACACAUGACUGUAAGUCGCUUUGGAUAAAAGCGUCUGCUAAAUGGCAUAUUAUUAUUAUAUUAUUAUUACAUAAUUAUUGUGUUUCUUUUCAAUAGAACAUGUUUUGAAGUCGAAAUGUAAAGCCGUGUUCAAAUCCACUCGAAGUUCAAUCAAACCUGAACCGUGUCAUCACUAAGGUAUGUUGUCUGUUGUCUAGAGGGACUCAACAGAACAGACAUGGCAGAGCUAACUCAUAUGAUAGACAGUGAGGUGUUCCUGGCCUUCUCUACCUAUGCCACUAUCGUCGUCCUCAAGAUGAUGCUGAUGUCUCCCAUGACUGGAUACUUCAGACUCACCAGAAAGGUACACAAACCUAGAGCUUUGUAACAUGCAUAUUCAUAGCUUAUACACAGAAAACACCUUAAACGUUUUUUCUUUAAUUUUACUGCAGUGGGCUAAAUCAGGGUCACACAGAGUGUUUCUCUGGUAGUCUUAAACAAAUCUACUUUGAAACAAAAGUAUACACCUCACACACAUGGUUAUGGGCUUACAAAAAAAGAAGACCCCUGUACCAGGUCAGAUAUAGAGUUGAAAUGUAUUUAAUUUUGAGUUUGCAUCCCAAUAUUACACUUUAUAUACAUCACAGAAGACUGAAAUAUAACAGAACUGUUUGACAUAGAAACAUAGGAUUUUCAUCAGGUUUUCUGAAAUCAUCUUGAUUAAAUUAUGAAAUUAUGAAGAAAAUGAAUGACGUUCCACCCACGUGGCCACUAGAGGGCGCUUUUGGUCAUUGACUGCAGGAAAGGGCUACUAAUAAAACCACUUCAAAAAACGGUUUGAAUAAAAAAAGCAUAAUUCCAAGUGAAUUUAAAUUCAAUUUCAUGAAUGGAAUAGAACAGAGGAGCUGAGAAGGGUGUUGAAUAGAUGAACUUUGACCCUCCCUGGCCUGACAGAGCUGAGGUGUAAAGGAAACAAGCAAAAAAAACAUGUCCCCUGCCUGCUUCCACCUCCUUUCAGGCAUUUGCUAACCAGGAGGACACCAGUCUGACCUCCUCUACAGAGGACAAGAAGAAGAUGGUCAGGGUGGAUCCUGAUGUGGAGAGAGUACGAAGGUAGCCCCAUAGAAAUAUCAUUUCAACACAGCUCUGUGGUUCACGCUGACGUACAACUGCUGUAACUAUGACAGGAAGUAGGUGUUAGAAGUACUGCUUUUAAUGUAAUUCAUUUCGACAUUUUUAAUUAUCCAAAUAUUUUGAAAUAUACGGAUCUGAACUCUCUCUUCUCUCUCGUUCCCAACCAGAUGCCACCAGAACGACCUGGAGAACAUCAUUCCGUUCGUAGUGAUUGGUCUGCUGUAUACCCUGACGGGGCCAGACCUCUCCACUGCUCUGCUCCACUUCCGGGUGUUUGUUGGUUCCAGGCUCUGCCACACCGUGGCCUACGUCCUCCCCCUGCCCCAGCCCAGCAGAGCUCUGGCCUUCCUCACCGGUCUGGUCACCACCAGCUCUAUGGCCUAUAGGGUUCUGAUUACAGCACUUUAUCUGUAG